UUGCCAAGGUGGGAGCGACGUUAAAUGGAAUAGCUAGCGAUGUGGCUUUGAUUAAAUCGGACACAGCAGAACUCAAGAACUCCGUGAAUGCAAUUAAAACAAGGCUAACUGAAGCUGAGAGACGCAUUUCGGAUGUGGAGGACACUGUAGCUAACCUAGCAAGAAACAACGUGAAGCUAACCAAAACAGUUGAACAACUCUAUGAGAGAAUUGAUGACCAGGAAAACAGAGCCCGUCGUAAAAACAUUAGACUGGUUGGACUAAAAGAGGGGAAAGAGGCUGGAAUGCCACUAGCUAAAUACGUGCAGAAAAUACUUUGUGAUGGUCUAGAGUUGAAUGGAGAUGAAUAUGAGAUUGAACGCUGCCACAGAAGCUUAGGUCCUCGCCCGGAUCCCAACCGACCUCCGCGCAUCAUACUGGUGAGAUUUCUCAAAUUUACUGCCCGAGAGAAAGUUCUGGCUGCUGCUAAGAAGAAGAAGGGGAUACUAUGGGAUGGCUGCCGUCUAUCACUAUUUGAGGACAUGACCAAGGAGCGCUCAGCACGGCGCAAAAUGUUUUCCACAGUGAUGAAACGGUUAUGGCAACAGCAGGUGAAGCACACGCUGGCGCAUCCGGCCAUACUCAGGUUUACAUGGAGAGGAAAACGGCUCAGCUUUACGGAUGCAAAAGAGGCAGAAAGUUUUGUACGAGAACACAUCGAGAGUGCAGAGGAAGGCGGAAACACAACGGGAAGACAGAUCGUGGGAGAUGGCGAGGGAGCAUCUGCUGAUAUCAACGAGUAGGAGAGCGGAGGAAACACGACAUCUGACGGGGCUUGGACGAACACUGCGGCGUGGUCAGGAUCAAGACGACGGGAACAGCAGAGAGGUCGUCUCCAGAACCCACACGGACCAG